AUACAAAUUAUAUAGACUUGGAAAGGUUAACAAGGAAAGGAAUAAUUGAAUUAGUUAACGACCAAUUCACAAGGCAAAUUUCCAAAUAUCUUCUAUACACUCUACAUUUAAAUGAAACAUAUCCAACAUUAGUGGGUUAAUUUCCUUGAACCUAGCCAAUAAAUUUAUUGUAUCAUCACACACCACAUUAAGAGUAGUUUUGAAAUAAAAUGGAAAGCAAGCAUGCACAUAAUUAUCGAUCUUAUGAGGAUUUUGAUCCUGUUUUUAAGUGGCGUAGAGAAGAAGCCCGUGACACCAUUGAACUUCAUCUUCCAGGUUUUAAGAGAGAGCAAAUACGAAUUCAGAUAAACCAUCAUGGUGUUUUGGUCAUAAGCGGAGAGCGUCCCUUAGAUGAAACUAAAUGGAGACGCUUCAAGAAAGAAUUUCAAAUCUCUCAAUAUUGCAAUGAAGAUGCUAUUCGUGGCAAUUUCAUGGACAACAUUCUUUCUAUUGUAAUGCCAAAGAAAGUUUCUUUUAUUCCUCAAGAAGAACAAAUUCCAGAACUUGAAGAUGAUGAGGAUGAUAUAUAUCAAGACAAAACUACAUUUCAUAAUAUGGAAUUUCAAGGAAAGAGCAGAGCAGAACAAACUGAAGAUUACAAAUUCAAAGAUGCACUAUUAGAUUCAGAAUAUACUUACACAACAAACAAUCAUUUUGAAGAAAAUGAUGUAGAAACUACUAGAGAGGUUGCUCUUAAAUUCAUGGUUGUCAUCAUUGUUCUAAUGGUUAUAGUUAAUUUUCUAGUGGAUAUGAGCAAAAGCUUCAUGGCUUAAGCUCAAUCAUAUUUUCAAGAUUAAAUGAGAUUAUGGUUUAAGGUGAUUCUGUGUAAGGUUUAAAUAAUGUUCAAAAUGAAAAAAUUAUUAUAGCGUUAAAAAGACAUGAUCUACGUUAUAAUAAAAAUCAGAGUGUAUAUUAAUAUUA